AUGAGCCAACGAAAGAGACUGGCAAACUGGGACGAUAGCGACGACGACAGCGGCUAUCCGUCAGCACUGUUGGAAGCUGCCAGGAGGGAUGACUGGGAUUCGCCGACCAAAGCAUCACGGAGGGUGAGGUACCAGCCCCGACCACGAAAGCCCGGGAAGUAUCGGAGUCAGCAAGUGCCACAGGAGAACCAGCCGACAGUGUUGGAGAACGAACCGUUGGAGGGUGCAGAGCAUGAGGCGCCUGAUGUUCAAGUUGAUCGCGAUCCUGGCAUUGGGUCCGAGAUCGACACAGCCACUAUCUCCCCCGAGAUCGCUCCCGGUUUCUCGUCCGAGGUGCCCGACAAUCGUCUCGAUACCUAUGUUGAUGCAGUUACCGCUCACGUCGCCGGAUUCUACCACCUGGAGGGCAACCUUUUCGUUGUUCAAGGUUGGGACAUUGAAAAGGGCCAGUCCUUGGACCACUGGUACCAUUUGGAAUACAAAUUACUGGUCGGCGAAGCAGACUCCAACUCAUUGCUUGUGGCGUGCACUUGCCCUAGUGGGCUCGAUAGUACUUGCAUUCAUGGUCAAUUCUUUGUUAAGUACGAUGUUUCAUCCCUACUCGAUUUCGGGGAUGAGCAUGUUUCAGAACAUUCCCUAGCAAUCAUGUUCCUACAAACUUCCCUUCAGAAUGACGAUGUGACCUCUUAUUUCUCUGUCCGUUCUGCGUCGACUUCCGCUCUGAAGGGCCGCGCUAUCGUGAGGCACACAGGUGCACCGGGAGGCUGGAGCGGAACCUGGCGCUGCUCGAAGGAUACUGGCACAGCGACCUGCAUUCACGUGCGCCGAGUCCUGUUGGUGGUGGGGCAAGGGGAGGACCAUGGUGACAUAGGAAAUUGUGGCAGCUUUGCGGCGAGUAGGCCGUGGGAAAUCGCUGCGGCCAAAUAUCACACCUUCCAGUCAACGUUCCGAGCUGGGCGACACUCCCCAGUGACCCCCAGCAUUAUCCUCCGCCUCCUCCCUUUCGCUCUGUCCCAGAAACUCCUUUCCUUCUCGAUGCACAAUCGUCUUGCCCGUGCCCGACUGGACGCACGUUCUACGAUAGCUUCAGGCCUACGAUCUUUCGCCUGUGCAAGGUCUACACUCUGUGCGGACUUUACUCUCAUCAGAUCGAACUCCAACCGUGCCCCCAAUGCCCCCCCUCGCGUCGCAGGUUCAUAG